AUGGCGCAGCCAAAACACUCCCUCCACGAAAAGGACCUAGAUGCCUACCAUGAGGAGACAGCCAACACCGAGGCCCUUGCCUCUGAGGCCAAGGUCGCCGCUGAGGCAGAGCACCACAUGAGCCUCUGGGACGCUGUCAAGACGUACCCCAAAGCCAUCGGCUGGUCGGUUCUGCUCUCCUCGACGCUCAUCAUGGAGGGUUACGACCUCGCUCUGCUGGGCAACUUGUACGCGUCCCCCGUCUUCAAUCAGAAGUUCGGCACCUACAACGCCGCCACCGGGGAGCAUCAGGUGACGGCAGCGUGGCAGUCUGGGCUCUCCAAUGGAGCGCGCGCCGGCGAGAUCAUUGGACUGAUCAUUGCCGGCUGGACGGCUGAUAGAUACGGAUACAAGAUGACGACUAUCGGGGCAUUGGUUGCCAUGAUUGCAUUCAUCUUUGUCUUGUUCUUUGCUCCCAAUGUCAAGAUCUUGGUCCUUGGAGAGGUGCUUUGCGGCAUUCCUUGGGGCGCGUUCCAGAGUGUCACACCAGCAUAUGCCUCUGAAGUUGCGCCAGUCGUCCUGCGCCCGUACCUUACGACAUUCAUCAACAUGUGUUGGGUCAUUGGUCAGUUCUUUGCUGCUGCUGUCAACAAAGGCUCCGUUGGCCGAAAUGACCAGUGGGCGUACCGUAUUCCCUUUGGUGUACAGUGGGUUUGGCCAGUCCCUAUUCUAGCUGGCGUGAUCUUUGCUCCCGAAUCUCCUUGGUGGUACGUCCGCAAGAACAACAAGGCCGCCGCCAAGAAGUCUCUGCUCCGUCUCACCUCCCGAAACCAACCCAACUUCAACGCCGACGACACUAUCGCCAUGAUCGAGCACACAAACGAGCUGGAGAAGAACAUGAAGGAGGGUACCUCGUACCGGGACUGCUUCAAAGGCGUUGAUCUGCGCCGCACAGAGAUUGUGGUUGGAAUUUGGCUUGUUCAGACCCUUGGUGGACAGAACCUCAUGGGCUACUUCUCCUACUUCCUAAAGCAAGCUGGAAUGGAUCCCAGCAACUCCUUCUCUCUUUCCAUGGCCCAGUACGCUCUUGGAAUGGUUGGCACGUUUGGAUCCUGGUUCCUGAUGGCCAAGGUCGGCCGCCGUACCAUCCACUUCUCAGGCCUUUGCUGCCAACUCAUCAUCCUCGUCAUCGUCGGCUCCCUCUCCUUCUCAAAGGACAAUGGCUCCGUCUGGGCUAUCGGCGCCAUGCUCAUUGUGUUUACUUUCGUCUACGACUUCACUGUCGGCCCCGUCACAUACUCGCUCAUCUCCGAGUUGUCUUCUACGCGUCUCAAGGCCAAGACCAUCGUCAUGGCCCGCGCGGCCUACAACGCCAGCAACAUCUUUGUCAACGUCAUGACCAACUAUCAGCUUUCGUCGACGGCGUGGAACUGGGGAGCUCGAACGGCGUAUUUCUGGGCGGGUACUUGUCUUGUCUCGGCGGUUUGGGUCUUCUUUAGACUUCCCGAGCCCAAGGGUCGCACAUACGCCGAGUUGGACAUUCUCUUCGAGAAGAAGAUUGCAGCGAGAAAGUUUGCCAAGACCCACAUCGAUCCUUACUCUCAUGAGUUGACGGCUGAGAAGAAGUUGACUGCUGAAAAGGAGCUGUAA